AUGGAAGUUCAUCUACUUGAGAAGUAUGACCAGGAUUUUUAUGGUUCUGUGAUGGAAGUUCUUCUCAUAGGCUUUAUACGUCCAAUGGUCGCCUUUGCUGACUUAGAAGGAUUGCGAGCUGCCAUUAACUCCGAUAUUGCGACAGCACGAAAUGCAUUGGAAAGUGCCGAUAUACCAUCACUUAUGUCACAGUUCUUUCCGUAA